UAUUAUUAUUAUUAUUACUUGUUAAAGUACAGUCACUUCGACCAGGAUGUAAAUUAUUAACGGUCCUAUUACAAAGAAAAUGCAUACUAUAAAAUUCAUCAGUACAAACAGUUUAAAUUGAUCAAUUUACAGCUUGAGUGCAGUAUGAUAAGAAAUAGGUCUAGAUUUAUUUACAGUAUUUCAGGAGGAAUGGAUCUUUAUUUGUUACUAUUCCUUUUGUUCCCGUGUGUAAGCUCCAAACCUAACGUCAUUAUUUUUAUUGCCGAUGACCUUGGAUACGGCGACCUCGGUUGUUAUGGAAACACUUCCGUUAGGACACCGAAUAUUGACAGCAUAGCUAGGGAAGGAGUCAAGAUGACACAGCAUUUGACAGCGGCAAGCACGUGCACGCCGAGCAGGUCUGCGUUCCUGACUGGUCGAUAUCCCGUUCGCACAGGCAUGGCGGCCACUGGUUUGAUGAGAGUAAACACGUGGCCGUAUUCGAGUUGCGGUCUGCCGUCGUCGGAAGUAACUUUUGCUGAACAAACCAAGAAAGCCGGAUAUAUGAAUGGAUUUAUAGGCAAAUGGCAUCUGGGUUUGCACAAAGAUACGUUAGGAGACUUUGAGCACCAUCCUUUAAAUCAGGGCUUUGAUUACUUCUAUGGACUUAUUGGCACUAAUCUGGAUGACUUUGGACAUGAAACUAAAGUAAUAACAAGCCAAAGGCCUUACUGGUAUGGCGAACUGUUUUCUAUUUGGGCUGUGACCGCUGUGUCUCUUUGGUGUCUAUAUAGGGCUAAUUACAUCCGUGUAUUUUCUUUUGUGGUUUUUGUAUUUAUUUGGUCAGUACCAGUGACAUUUGUAUACAUACUGUUUGAAAAUUACACACUUUUAAGCAGCUUUAUCCACAGGAAUUAUGAUCUAGUUGAACAGCCAAUCAGAUUAGCGGGUUUGAGUCAGCGUUUAGUGAAUGAAGGUUUGGAGUUUAUUCAGAACGCAACGGCAGCAGAAAAACCGUUCUUGCUCGUUAUGUCCUGGGUCCAUAUGCACGUCUUUCUAAGGACAGCUAAAGAGUUUGAGGGGCGCAGCAAGUUCGGCCGAUAUGGAGACGCGUUAGAAGAACUUGAUUGGUCCGUUGGAAAAAUUUUAAAAGCAGUAAGGAAGUAUGGGCUUGAAGAUAACACGCUGGUUUACUUCACGUCGGAUAAUGGGGGCCAUCUAGAAAUAGGAACGGAUGGUGGUUAUAACGGUAUACUAAAAGGGGGCAAGACACACGGUUCACCAGAUGGCGGGAUUCGUGUUCCAGGAAUGAUUAAAUGGCCAAGUGUCCUAAAUGAAGGAAAAGUCAUAGAUGAACCUACUUCUCUGAUGGAUAUUUACAACUUGAUCUCGACAGCUGUCGGGGUUGAGUUACCUUCAGAUCGACAGAUUGAUGGAAGAGAUAUUUUACCUUUACUCAAAGGAGACGUUUCUGUAUCACCGCACGAGUUCAUGUUUCAUUACUGUGGUAAUAGAUUGAAAGCUGCCAGAUACCGACCGCGUGAUGGAUCAAAAACAUGGAAACUGGUGACACAUGAACCUGAUUUAAUUCCUGGAUCAAAAGUUUGCACUUUCGUCUGCAGUUGUAACUUUGAUGUUGCCUUAACAACACCGAAACUUUACGACAUGACCUCUGACCUCGGAGAAAGUAAUCCAAUAGACGCAAAUUCGAACACUUACAAAGAAAUAUCUAGUAUUAUAUUACAAGCAAUCGACAAUCAUAAAAAUUCUGUAGAACCGGUGGAAACUCAGUUCACUUGGAAAAAACUGGCGCCAAAACUCACGUGGCAGCCAUGUUGUAAUGGACGAUUUCCGUUCAAAUGCCUCUGCACAGAUCCAAAGUAUCCGGAGUGAACGUGCAGUUGGUAUUUUGAAUGUCGAAAUGAUCAAUGGUAGAUGCUUAAGGUGACGUAUAGCUGUUCGAAAGUUUAAAAAAGAAAUUCCUUGUAUACACUCGUUUUAGUAGCAAAGAAGCAAACAAGAAUUCAGUUUUGUUUUUGCUCAUGUAUAUUUGUUUAAUCGUUUUGUUUCAUGUAAAUGGCUUUAUAAAAAAAGUAUAAACCACAAAUUCUUCGCCGCUGAUUUAUGUUGGCAAAACCAAUGACCACAACAAAAUACAUCCAAAGUUAUAAAUAUACGAAAGACAUAUAUUAAACAACUUUCUGAAAUAUUUAAUUUAAUUCACGCGCCUUUUCGCAAUAGUAGCGGCUACAACAUUUCUUGUGCAGCAGUUGAGAAUGGAUAUCUUUGGACUACUAGAUGUACAAAAGGAAUUGCACUUCUGAAAACGGAUUAUAACCAUAAAAUUGCCAAAUUUACUACAUUACCCGCAAUAAAAGGCAAAUAAUACUUGA